CAUAAAAAAUAUUGGGAGAGCAAAGUGAAAGAUUUGGAAUCCGUUUUCGCCGUCAAAAACUCAUUCCAGUAGUCACUGAUCGGUUUCGUUGAUCUCCACCGCCUCUUCUUUUUUAUCAGAUUGUGGGUUGAAGCGAAAAAAUCAAUUUUUUUGAUGCAAGUAAUGGUUUUUAUUCUGGUUUAUAUGCAUCUUCAUCAAUGAAGGGUUGUCGCAUGGCAUGAUCACUGUGCAAAUAAUUGCUUUUCCCUUAUGGGUUUUUGAGGGUUUCGCGUUUGCUUUGUGGGGGAAGGUUCCAAUGUGAAAAGAUUACCUUUUGGGUUCUGGGGUUAGACCUAGGGCUAGAAAGUUCUGGUGGGUUGUUGAGAUGAAGGAGGAUACUGAGCUUGAGGAAGGAGAGGCUUUCUAUUACAAGGAUGACGAUGAAGACAACAUUGACCCUGAUUCUUUCUCAUACAUUGAUGAGAAGAUUCAGCAUGUUCUUGGCCAUUUUCAAAAGGAAUUUGAAGGUGGUGUAUCUGCUGAGAAUCUGGGUGCAAAAUUUGGUGGUUAUGGUUCCUUUUUACCUACCCAAGAGCGCUCCCCUCGUCUAUUGUCUCAUCCAAGAACUCCACAAAGAAACCACAGCUCACCAAAGUUUAAUAACAAUCCUCACAUGGAGGCUGUGUCUCAUAACAGAAAAGCACCUACAAAUGUGCCUCAUCCUUCAAGGAUUGAAAAUGCUUCUCAUAGUUCACAUUUAUUUCGUGAUUUAAGAGAAGCUUCAGCAAAUGAUUCAGUGAAGAAAGAAGAAGGAAUUUCUUCCUGUGAUCAGGCUGAGAGGUGCACUUUGAAGGAUGAUACUACAAAAAAUACAGAGAAUUCAACUGAUCAAAGGACACUGAAGUUGCGAAUAAAAAUGAAAUCUAAUAUCUUAGCACAAAAGAAUGCAGAAAUUUAUAGUGGCCUUGGACUUGAUGACUCUCCCUCAUCUUCAAUGGAUAACAGCCCUGUGGAAAGUGAAGGCAUGCCACCUGUAUCUCAAGAGAGUGAUGCAGAUUCUCCAACCGGCAUGAUUCAGGUUAUGAGUUAUUUUCCUAUCCCUGGCGGUGUUCUGAUAUCUCCUCUACAUGAAAGUGUGCUCAACCUGAUAAAAAAUGAUAAUAAAGCUAAUGGAGACAGCAGGUUUUCGUACCCUCUUAAUGGUCAUCAAGAUUCUCUUAAUGAACCAGAUUCUUUUGUGCGGGCUGGACAUUUGAAGAAGAACACAGUGAGAAUGGCGAGACAAAGUGAAAAGCAGUUGGAAUUGAAGCAUCCGAAUGGUACCCUUUCCGAGAAGGAAACUACAUUGCAUAAAAAGAAAAAAAUAGGAAAUAGAACACCGGAUUGUAAAGAUUUCCUGCCUAAUGAAUUGAAAUGGACACCUCUGUCAAGCUCAAUUUGUGAUGCUGGUGAAUUUGCUGAAGUCACUGCUAAAGCUUCUAAAGCCUCCAAGGAGGUUAAUGAGAAUGGGGUGCUGGGCAGAAUGGCUUCUGAAGAAGCAUUGAAGGAAGAGUCGUUAGAAUCGAUAUCUGGUCAAGAUUUUGGGAAGACUGUGAAACAAAAUGUAGGAAAUGGUUUUCUGAAAAAGGCUCCAGAACAUAAUCUGGAAAGUUCCCACAAGGAUAAUUCUACAGACCCUAUGAAUAAUAACUCAAGUAAUACUUCCAUUAUUUCCAAUAAGGUUGAACGUGAGGUACUAAAAUGUAAGGCAGAUCAUAAGUCUGAGACCCGUCAGAAAAUAAAGGCUGUGUCUGAGCGGAAGAAUAAGUCGAAAGGUAAUCAGAGUCCUGGAAAAGCUAAGGCAAUUGCAAGAAAGAAAAGCUUUGGUGGUACUAAUAAUGCAAUGGUAAUUGAGAAAGGGAGUACUGGCUUUGACAGUACUUGUAUAAAUAAAAUGAAGUCAAGGUCUCUGUUGGACAAAAAUUUCAGUGAUGGUAACAGGGAUUCAAUGAAAGAAAAAAGAUCAGAACGGAAAGUUGACAGUCUUGCUGGAAAUGGUGAAAUAAAAAAUGCAAAAAUUAGUAAUGGAAAACAGAGUGCAUUUGGGAUUAAAGCAAAGGAGAGAAUGAGUGGCCAUAAAGUUGUCAAGCAGGUGCUAGCUGGGCCAUGCAUUAAUGAUACUUCGGCUUCAUGUCCUAUAGCUGAAAACAACGUUGCACCUGAGAUGAUUUCAUCAGCAGUAGCUGUACCUCAACUUAUUGAAGAAGAUUGGGUAUGUUGUGACAGUUGCCAGAAAUGGCGGCUCCUACCUACUGGUAUGAAGCCUGAGCACCUUCCAGAGAAAUGGCUGUGUAGCAUGCUAAAUUGGCUGCCUGGGAUGAAUUCUUGUGAGUUCAGUGAGGAUGAGACAACAAAAGCACUUUAUGCGUUAUAUCAAAUGCCAAUUUCCCAGGUUCAAAAUAACAUGCAAAGCCAUGGCACUGAAACUGCGAUUGGAGUUAGCUCUCCAAAUUCUUUACAGUAUGGCCUAAAUCAAAAUAUGUCUAGUUCUGAUAUGUCUGACCGAGGAAGGAAGAAACUUGUUAUUAAGGAAAAGACAAUGUCUGGAAUUAAUAAUGACAUGCAUCGGUUCUCAAAUUCAGUGAAGGCCAAUGUUCAAGUAUCUGGAAAAAAUAGAAGCUUGAACGGCUUGAAUCAGCAUCCUGCUGACUUAAACCCAGUGAAGAAGAUGACAAACUCUUCUAAACAUCUUAGUAGGCCUGACAACAUGAUAGAAGAGAAACAUGUGCCUAAAGAGAAUGAAAAGCAAGUGAAUGGAGGUGAUAGAAAGCAUGUUAAGUUGAAACGGAAGGUGGAUGCUGAACAAUAUAAAUCGGGACCUCCGAAGAAAUUAAAAACUGAAAAUGUUUUCUCUGCCAAUAUUCAAUCAAAUUCUGACAUGAACCUUGAGAAGGUGUCUCUAUAUUCAAGAAAUGGUUUGCCAACAAAAGCUAGUGGGAAGGAUAUGAGAAAGUAUGAUGAAUAUUGUUUAUCUGAGGAUGCAUCUGACAGAUUACCAGUCACUGUAAAGAAAGAGGGAGAUCAAGCUCAGGUCUCAUCUGGUUUAAUGAAGAAAAGGAAAUUGAAGGACCGGCUUGAUGAUGAAAAGCAGUAUGGUGAAGAGGGUGAUGCAACAGAAUUUGGCAAAGAAAAGAAGUACAGAAUUUUAAAGUCAGUAAAUGAAGGCGACAAUAAAUUAAGCAAGGGUGGUAUAAGGGAAGUUUGCAGGGCAGGCAAUGGGGACCAUAUGGCUGUUGGCACAGAAGUCAGACUUGGUGACAAACGCAACCAACUAAGGAAGCAUAGGAAAAAUGUUGCAUCUCUUCAUGCUUCAGAUGGUAUUGAUCAAGUGCGCAAGGAUUUGGACUCUAGACCACAUUCAUUGGCAGCAACUUCAAGCUCUUCUAAAGUUUCAGGUUCUCAUAAAGCUAAAACGAAGCUUGAAGAUGUGAGAAGUUCACCUGUUGAAUCUGUUACCUCGUCACCUUUGAGGGCCUUCAACUUGGAUAAGAAUAAUUUUGCAGUAGUAGACACUUCAGUGAAAGACAAUGUUACAAAAGGUGGACAGUCUGCGGUAGGUUCCAAGAGAAGUGUGGAUAACAGGGACAGAAAACUAUCAGUAAAAUUGAAGGAGGGUAGAAUUCCGCAUGAUUUACAUACUACAUCCCACAAAUUAUCUUCCACAGAGAACCAGGUUGAGGAUGCUAAAGACAAAUGCAGGCUCCAAACUAAAAAUCCUUCUGAACUAAAGAAUAAUCAUUUGCUUGAAGGUGGUGUUCAUGUUGAACAAUCUGGCUAUUGUGCCAAUGGUGUACAUAAAGAGGAGAAAGUAAAGAAGGAAAACCUGGAAAGUGAACUUUCUUGGCAGAAAUCUGGUAAGGUUACAUCAUUGAACAGCAAGGAGAAAGGCAAAAAAAUUUCUUCUCAUGUUUGUACCGAUAACAUAAAGACAUCAGUUUCAGAGACUGUCCAUUCAAAAAAAGGUGGGAGGUAUGAUUCAGCAGCUGAUCCCAGUAACCAUGCAUCUGAUGCUGAGACAAAAAAUGUUGUUAAAUAUACUUUACCCAAGUCUAAGAGUGAAAUUGAGAUUACUAGUCAGAAAAGUGCUUUAAUACAAGGGCCAAAUGAAACUGGAAAGCAAACUGAGAUAAAACCAAGAGACUUUGAGAAAUCAGCUCCAGAGAUUGAUGUUCAACGUGGCAAUGAGAGAAAGGCUAUCACCCGGCAAGACUCAACUCACGAUUUUGAGGAAGAAAACAAAGCUAAUCAUGUAAUCACAGAAUCAAGAGUUGGGAAAUCGAAAGUUCUCUCAUCUGCAGCAGGUGAACUUAAAAGGGAAGCAUUGAAUAUGGGUUCUAGAACUGUACCUCAGUAUCAAAAGGGAGGAAUGGCUAAUGAGCAUCCCGUCAAUGUUUCCGACAAUGGUGAUUUGGUCAAGUCUAUGAGGAAUUUUGCUGAUAUUAGUAACAAUGCUGGAGUUAAUUGUAGCUCUGGAAAUUCCCUGCCUGAUCAGCAACCCUCUUUUUCAAGUCCUCUGAGAACAAAUUUUAACCAAACUACUGUUGACACCCUGGAAGAAGCCACAAAACUAAAAGAUAGAGCAGAUAAUUAUAAGAACUCUGGGUUUGACUUUGAAAGCAACGAGACAUACUUUCAAGCUGGGUUGAAGUUUUUGCAUGGAGCAUCUAUUUUAGAAAAUUGUCACAAUGACAGUAGCAAACUUGGGGAAAUGAGUCAAAUGCAAAUUUAUGCUACUGCGGCCAAACUUUUCAAAUGUUGUGCCCUUGAAUAUGAAGCUCGUCAAGAAAUGGCUGCUGCUGCUUUGGCAUAUAAAUGCAUGGAGGUGGCAUACAUGAGAGUGGUCUACUGUAAGAAUUCCAGUACUAACAGAGAUCGACAUGAGUUACAAUCAACUCUUCACUUGGCUUCUCAAGGCGAAUCUCCUUCAUCUUCUGCAUCCGAUGUUGAUAACCUGAACAAUCAGGCAGCAGCAGAUAGGGCUACUUUGCCUAGGGGUACCAAUAGUCAUGUUGCUAUCAACCACGUCAUAUCUGCGCGAACUCGUCCAAGUUUAAUCAGGCUUCUUGAUUUUACUAAGGACAUACAUUUGUCAAUGGAGGCUUCUAGGAAAUGUCAGAGCACUUUUGCGGCUGCUAGUGUGAUCCUGGAAGAAUCAAGGAAUAAGGACUGUAUAGCUUCUAUUCGGAGUGUUGUUGAUUUCAGCUUCCAGGAUGUAGACGAGCUUGUACGUCUUGUUUGGACAGCAUCAAAAGCAAUAAGCCGCGCUGGUCUUGGUGGUGCUAGAGAUUAACUUGAUCCUGUAUAUAAUUAAUUUUUUUUUUUGGUUUUACUUCUCUACUGAGACGGCAUUGUGAAGAAAGAGGCUAAAAGAUACCUACCAAUUCUAGCACUUAGAAACCUGCUAAGCCGGCCGGUUGAAGGCGAUCUGUUACCCUUGUGUACAUUUGUACAAAAUGUGAUUGAUUAGAAAAUUUUGUAACAGAUUUUCAUUUGAGGUUUUUCUUAAUGUGGAUAGGGUAUAACACACACCCUUAAAUUUUAUGGGUUAGAAAGAGGGAAGGGAUUCCUGGCUGUCAAGUGAUGAUGCCGGAUGAUAUCAUAUUAUGUUAGUUCAGUGCUACAUUCUUUGCUCCACAUAGCUGGAGCCCCAGGUACAAGAAUAUAGAGUCUGCAAUGUUAGGCAACCAUUUUUGAGGGCUUUGAAUACUUAUAUAGUUAUAAUAGCUCCAUUCUUGAUGACAUUCUCUCCUUUUAUGUUAUCAUAUCAAAGUUUUGAAUGAAUAGAAAUCCAUGCAGAAA